CUUUCCCUCCUCCGCCCUCCGCGCCUUCCAAUAGCUGAGGAGAAUGACCUUUGGGCACCGCCUUUUCCGGACGUGGCUCCAGGCGGCGACCGGAAGUGGGCGGGAGCUCCGGAAGUUCAGGGGAGUUUCCUGCGAGCUCGGCUUCCUCAACAUGGCAGCGCCCUUGUCAGUGGAGGUGGAGUUCGGAGGUGGUGCUGAGCUCCUAUUUGAUGGUGUAAAAAAACAUCAAGUCACCUUGCCUGGGCAGGAGGAGCCCUGGGACAUCCGGAAUCUCCUCAUCUGGAUCAAGAAGAAUUUGCUAAAAGAGCGGCCAGAGCUGUUCCUCCAGGGAGACAGUGUGCGACCAGGAAUUCUGGUGCUGAUUAAUGAUGCCGACUGGGAAUUGCUGGGUGAGCUGGACUACCAGCUGCAGGACCAGGACAGCGUCCUCUUCAUUUCCACGCUGCAUGGAGGCUGAGGGCCCCUCUCUUCCUCGGCACCCUUGCAGGGGGAGAACGGAACAGACAAACAUCCCCUUGGGCCCAGCCUUCAGGUCUCCCUGUCCCCCGUGGCUGCCUUCUUCCCUGCUCUAUCCCCCAAGCUCCCUCCAGGCAGGGAAAAGAGGCCAGGUGCUAAAAAUGAGCCUUUCUCAGGCACGUGAGCAGGGGAAAGCAGGCAGUCAGGCUCCUGAGCCCAGAGCUCCUUCCCAGCAGCUGAGGUGGGGGAGGGUGCCCCUCUGGUGUGUCAGGAGCAGAGGGGGGCCGUGUGGCCAGGUGACCCAGCUGCCUUCCAUUCCUGUCUCAGUCUGAGCACUGAGUGACUGCCAAUGAGCACUCCAGCUCAUGGCCACAUUUGUGGAGAAGAUGGAUGGACCUGAAUAACUGAUGGGAAACCCCUCCCUUCCCAAAGACUGGAGGAGUCUCCGCCUCAGUUUCCCCAUCUGGACAGCAGAGGGCUCUGUCUGUCCCCCACUGAUAUCAUUAUGGAACCCCAGCUGGGGUCCCCUAUUCAAUACUGACUCCCUCCCCCUCACCCAGCAGCUGCUAUCCCAGCCACACCCCUCCUCCUGCUCCCCCCACCCCCAGCCCUUGACCCUGGCUGGCCUCCCCCACACACACAGGCCACCAGAUGGGCUCCUGAGACCCUCACCAGGCUGUCUAUAGUUCAUUCUUCUGUGGGUGGAGAAGAAGAGGAAGUAGCCCAACCUCCGAUUAGCCAAUAGAAGCCUGGCGGGGGAGGUUCAAUGUGCCUCAGUUUCCUUCUCUACACUAACUGAAUAUUCAUAAUACCUGAAAGCCAAGGAUAUAUAUGAUGGCACAGAUGUAAAGUCUAUGUCCCUUCCCACCUCCUGCAGAAAGCAGGGUCGGGGCAAGCAGCACCUGGUAGGCAGAGGGGUUUACCCCCUCCCUCUGUCUGUUUUGGAAGUCUGGGGUCCUUGGGGCCUGCAACAGCUGGCCUUGAGCAAAUAAAAGACUAGGUUGUUUACUA